AAGACAAAAGACAUGGAGGAAACACGUAAGAGAGAUACACAUAUUUACCCAAAAUGAGUGAUUGCACCUUCAAAAUAAAAUAUUUUCUUACUGUCUUUUUCUUCCUUUUAUCUCGAAAUCGUCAGCUUCGUUGCCUUCUAGCUUCGUCAUACCAACUUUUUUGACUAAAUUAGAAAAAAAAAAAUUCUGAGUUCGCCAUUAAAGUACAACACAAAAGGUUAGGCACAUUUUAUCUUUGUAUGGGCUUUUCUUGAAAAAUAUUAGAUUUUUGAAGGGAAUCUUUUUCAAUUCGUGUCUUUUGGUGUCUAUAAAGAUCCAAACGCUUCCUUGUCUGUUUUAUCUGCAUAUUAUCUGAAAACGUUUUUUGAGUUUUUUGAGAGAGAAAGACAGACAGAUUGAGAAGAUGUUGGAAGGAAAAGCAAUGGUGGAAGAUUCAGAUAUGCCAGUGAAGAUGCAGGUUCAAGCCAUGUCUUUGGCUUCUCAAGCUCUUGAUAUUUUUGAUGUCGUUGACUGUAAAUCCAUUGCUGGCCACAUCAAGAAGGAGUUUGAUGAAAGAUAUGGGAGUGGAUGGCAAUGUGUGGUGGGAUCAAACUUUGGGUGUUUCUUCACACAUUCUAAAGGGACUUUCAUCUAUUUUCAGUUGGAGACACUUAAGUUCCUAAUCUUCAAAGGCGCUUCUGCUCCUUAAUUAAAAAAAAACCUUAUCCAAUGUUUUAUCCUUCUAUGAAAAUAUGUCUGUGACAGAACAAGCUUGAAGAGCCUAUCCUGAUUUUUCUUCUUCUCUUUUUGCUCUUUGUAGCUUUGUUUGAAUCUAGGUCUGUAUAUAGACUCAAGAUGGGACACUGAUUUCAAUGAAGAUGUGCUGACUUUUCUGUGAUCAAUAAAAGUGUAAUGUACAAGAUCUUUAUAUAUCUCUUUUACUGAA